AUGGAUACAAACACUCUUGGUGUUGAUCCAAAAAAGAGAAAGGCAUCAAUUGUAGAAAAUGUCUUUAAUUUGCAAGCUAGAGAGACACUUGAUCAUGAAAUUGCUAGGAUGUUUUACUCUUUGGGGUUGCCUUUUCAUUUAGCAAGAAAUCCUCAUUAUAGGAAGGCGUUUCCCUAUGCUGCCAACAAUAAGAUCAAUGGUUAUCAACCUCCAGGUUAUAAUAAAUUAAGGACAACAUUACUUCAAAAUGAGAGGAGACAUAUGGAGAUCUUGUUACAACCAAUUAAAAAUGCAUGGAGCCAGAAUGGUGUGAGCAUUGUUAGUGAUGGAUGGAAUGACCCGCAAAAAAGAUCUCUUAUUAAUUUCAUGGCUGGCACGGAGAACGGACCUAUGUUUUUAAAGGCCAUCGAUUGUUCAAAUGAGAUCAAAGACAAGGAUUUCAUUGCCAAACAUAUGAGGGAGGUAAUUAUGGAGGUUGGGCACUCAAAUGUUGUGCAAAUAGUGAUGGAUAAUGCAACCGUUUGUAAAGCAGCAUGUUUAAUAAUUGAGGCUGAGUUUCCUUUCAUCUAUUGGACUCCAUGUGUUGUCCAUACAUUAAAUCUUGCUUUAAAGAACAUAUGUGUAGCCAAGAAUAAAAAAAACAAUGUUGUUUAUGAAGAAUGUUCUUGGAUCACCCAAAUUGUGGAUGAUGCAAUGUUUGUGAAAAACUUUGUCAUGAGUCACUCUAUGAGACUAUCAAUUUUCAAUUCAUUCAAUUCAUUGAAAUUGUUAUCCAUUGCUCCAACAAGAUUUGCCUCCACUAUUGUAAUGCUAAAGAGAUUCAAGCAAUUGAAGAAAGGACUCCAAGAUAUGGUCAUUAGUGACCAAUGGUCUUCUUAUACGGAAAAUGAUGUUGCAAAGGCUAAAUUUGUGAAAGAUACUUUGUUGGAUGAUAAAUGGUGGGAUAAGGUUGAUUCUAUUCUUUCUUUCACUAUCCCUAUCUAUGAUGUUCUUAGAAGAACUGAUACAGAAGCUUCAUCUCUCCAUCUAGUAUAUGAGAUGUGGGAUUCAAUGAUUGAAAAUGUGAAGAAUGCCAUAUAUCAAUAUGAGAGAAAGGAGGAGAGUGAAGGAUCAACCUUUUAUGAGGUAGUGCACUCCAUAUUAAUUGACCGUUGGACUAAGAGUAACACUCCUCUCCAUUGUUUAGCUCAUUCCUUAAAUCCUAGGUAA